UCUUUUUUAUUUCAUCAGAUCUUCUUCUUCUUCUUCUACUUCUCAUAAAAAUCGAAGCUUUUUUUGUUUUUGGUUGGGUCUCCGAUGAGGUGUAAGAGACAUACAGUAGAUUUCAGUAGCAGUAUCGGCGUUUGUGCUUCUUGUCUCCGUGAACGUCUCUUCUCUCUCGCCGUUUCAACCGCCGCCUCUCAAACCGACGAUCAUCAUCAUCAUUCUCGUAUCUCUCCUCCACCUCCUCCUCUGCUUUUCCCUCGUUCUGUUUCUCCUUACGUUGCUCCGAGAAAAUCAGACGCCGGAGCUGGAACCGGAGUAGACUCUGUAGUAUCUUCUUCUAAUAACAGAUUCUUCUCAACGCCUCAAGUUUUGGGAGGAGGAAGAGGUUCAACAACCUCAUCGGAAAAAGUCUUCGUACCAUCAUCAUCAUUUAAGAAGAACAAAAAAAGCGGUUUAUCUCGUUUCUCAAGCUUCUUCAGACCGACGACGAGAUCUGACGUUUACGAUUCCCGUCGCGAUUCAUGCGACGACGCCUCAACCGUUUUUUCUCAGUCGUCAACAUCGUCGUCAAGGUCAUGGCUCUCUAAAGUUCUCUCAGUUCGAUCAAAGAAGCAACAGUCAAACACAACGACCUGCUACAUCGAGGAUUUGAUCGCUUCAGAAUCCGAUCAUCAUAAUCAUCAAAAUCGACCAAGACAGAGAUAUUGCAGAGGAAUGUCGCCGGCGGGAGAAUCAACGACGAACGAAGACUCAGUUGAGGAAUCACCAGGGAGGUUAAGAAGAACGCCGGCGAUGGGAACUCCGGGGAGGAAACCUAAGGUUGGGUUUGGUAGAAGCGUUUCAGGGAUGGCUUUUUGUUUGAGUCCUUUAGUGAGAGCUAAACCAUCUAACUGUUCUUCUAACUGGAGAGGGAGAUUUCUGCCGGAUUUUGGUUAUUCCGGCGAUAUGAAUUCACCGGCGAAGCCUCACCUUUCGACGGCGGCGUCUUUUUGUGGUAACCGGUCUAAGAAGCUUGUUGAUUUAGGAAGACUUGAUCACCGCCGUUGAUUCUCUCUUCUUUUUUUUCGUUUGGUUGGGAUUAAAAUCUGACCGUUCUUUUGUGAAAUUACCUUAAAUACCCUCACAAGAUUCAUCCUUAUAUAUGGUGCACUUUAUACUAUACCAACAACAGCAGAUAAAAAGAGUGAAAUUUACCAUUUUUGGUUAUAUAUAAUAAUGUUUUCUGAUUGUGUAUAUUAUUAAAAGGAAGAUAUAUU